CUUAAUUAUUUUGCAUUCCAUUAUUAAAUAUCUAUUUGCAACAAAAAAAGAGUGUGUAAAAUGUUUUCAUAUACUGGAUUGUUUUCUGAUAAAAUGUCUGUCAUGCUGCACAGCUGAUUGAACAGCUGUUUAGGCUAAACGGAAUAACAGCUGAGCACAACUUGGCUAGGAAAUUUAUAUUGUCCAAUCGAAUCACAUUAAAUAGGUAAACAAAUGGUUGCUCCAACCUACAAACUGCAGAGCAGCACCAACUCUGAGGAUGACGAGCCCAUCAGACCAGCACAAGUCAAUGCACCAACAUCAUCUACGCUGCAUGCAUCCAGCAUAUUGCUUGACGCAAAUUCCACUAAGCGCAAGAGCGCUUUCUUGCCCUAUCGUCCUCAGUCCACGGUGCUCACAAAUCUACAACGCGGCAACACCGAAGCCACAUUUUGUCCGGUUGAAGUGUCGUUGUCCUUCCACGAACGGGCUGGUCAAGGUGAGAUCACCGAGGAGCAAGUAAAUGCCGAACUACUGCGCCAGCACAGUAUUGAUAUUAAAGAUUCCCAUGGGUUCACGCCUCUUCACUGGGCUGCCUCUUAUGGCCAAAUGGUGUCCACGCAAUUGCUUGUGGCAGCUGGCGCCAAUGUCAAUAGUUUGGCUCCAGACAUGAUUACUCCACUGUUACUGGCAGCUGCCGGGGGACAUAAUGAAAUAGUUCGUUUCCUUUUGGACCGUGGUGCAAGUGGCACUCACAUGGACAUUGUGGGCAACACGGCUCUUAUGUAUGCGGCAGCGGGCAAUCAUCCGCACACAUGCAACGAACUGUUGUCUAAGGAUCUGGACUUCAGUGCGACCAAUGAGAAUGGAGACACAGCUUAUGCUUUGGCUGUGGAGAAUGGAUCGCAUCUUGCCCAGGCGCUAUUGGAACAGUAUAUGACUGCCGUUUUAACGGCCGGCGCCUUUGGCAACAUUUAGUUUAACCAUAGUUUCAUUUUAUAGUAGUAAAGUAAUAAACGAACUGUAAAAAUAUUCAAAACU